AUGCCUUUCGCACAACUAGUCAUCGGCCCGCCAGGCGCGGGCAAGUCCACAUAUUGCGAUGGCAUGCACCAGUUCCUCACGGCCAUCGAUCGCAAAUGCGCCGUCGUCAACCUCGACCCUGCCAACGACAAAACCUCAUAUCCAUGCGCCCUCGACAUUCGCGAUCUGGUCUCGCUGGAAGAAGUUAUGGAACAGGAAGAGCUAGGCCCUAAUGGCGGUGUCAUGUAUGCUCUCGAAGAGCUGCAGGAGAACUUUGAGUGGCUCGAGGAAGGCUUGAAAGAACUUAGCGACUCGUACAUUCUCUUCGACUGCCCUGGCCAGGUCGAGCUAUUUACACAUCACAAUACAAUGCCCAAUUUGUUCCACCGUCUCGAGAAGAUUGGUUACAGAAUCGAUAAUCUCGCCAAGAACUCUGAACCUCUACCCUUCAAUCUAGACUACUACACUGAAGUUCAAGAUCUGGACUACCUGUUACCACAUCUCGAGGCCGAACAGAACAACACAUCCGUGCAAAAUCUAGAAGAUCGUGCUGGAAAUAGCGACAUUCCCAAACUGCCAGAGUCAAAGUUCACAGCUCUCAACGAAGCUCUGAUCCAACUUAUCGGCGACUUUGGUCUUGUCGCUUUCGAGACUCUGGCUGUCGAGGAUAAGGUCUCUAUGACAAAUCUGCUGCAUGCUGUCGACCGUGCUAGUGGUUAUGUCUUUGGCACAGACAAGGGCACAAAUGACUCGGUCUGGCAGGUUGCCAUGCAGGAGGGCUGGGGUGGAAAGAUCGAUGUCAGAGACGUCCAAGAACGUUGGAUUGACAGACGUGAUGAGUUUGAUGAGAUGGAAAGGCAGCAGAUCGAGGACCAAAAAGCAGAAGAAGCUCGUCAAACAGGUCAACCCGAAGUCAGACGUGUACCUGCACAGGACGCGACACCAGAACAAGACACGCCUGUUCCCAGCAAAGACCUCGACGAUGACGAAGAUCUAGAAGCGAUGCAGGCUGCUUUUCUCAACAAACAGUCAAACGGCAACGACAACGGCAUCAAGAUCGUAAGAAAAGACUAG